AUGACACAAACGAUUCGGUUAUAUCCUGUUAUUAAGUUUAGUGAAAUAGCUUUCGGAGUGUGCGGCGCAGGCGCAUCAUCUUCAGCAGCAGCACCAGAGCCUAUUGAAACCUGCGACCGUGACUUGCCUGUCGCGUCUGUUAACUUGCAACAACCAUCAUCUUCAUCAGCAGCGCCAGCGCCUAUUGAAACCUGCGACUGUGACUUGCCUGUCACGUCUGUUAAUUUGCAACAACCGUCAUCUUCAUCAGCAGCACCAGAGCCCAUUGAAACCUGCGACCGUGACUUGCCUGUCGCGUCUGUUAACUUCAAUAACCGUCAUCUUCAUCAGCAGUGCCAGCGCCUAUUGAAACCUGCGACCGUGACUUGCCUGCCGAGUCUGUUAACUUGCAACAAUCGGCAUCGGAAGUGCCAGCAGAACAAAUGA